GGCUCAGAACCGAAUGCAGUAUGAUUAGCUAGUCACUUGACAUGUUCAUGAUGGUGGAUGAGGUUAUGGCCGUACUCGGCUGGUGAUCCAGUCUUGAGGCAAUGCUUAUUUGUCCCGAUCAAGAUCGCCAUUUCAGCUCGACUACAAGUUUCCCUGUAUAUCCUUCAAAAACGCAAUCCGAGGCCAGAACUUAUUGAACAGCUAGCGCUGCGUCUCUCCAUCUGUACCUCUACAUCAGCCAGAACCGUUGAGUCCAAAGAAUUCUGAAGAAAAAAAAAAUGAGGAGAUCUGUCACAUCGAGGCCUUUGAGGGCUCUCCAAACGCGUAACGCCCUGCAAGGAGUUGCUGCGCGAAGAGGGAAAGUGACCGUGCCUUUCAGGUUGCCAGAUGCUCGCAACGAGCCCAACCCUGAAUACAGAAAAGGGUCGCCAGAAAGGCAAAGGCUAGAGGAGGCCCUGGUGAAACUACGAUCACAGCUCCCAAUUAAGAGCGAUAUAUUCGUCAAUGGCAAGGUACAAGCGCCAUCGCAAUCAUUAGAUCAGCCGCUGCCUGCCGAACAUGCCACCACAUUCACCAACUUUCCCUUGGCAAGCAAGGAGCAAGUCUCUCAUGCGAUUGAGUCUGCCCUGAAGGUCAAAAAGUCCUGGGAGCAGACUCCAUUCGUUGAUAGAGCCGCCAUCUUUUUGAAGGCUGCCGAGCUUGUCUCGACGAAAUAUCGGUACGAACUUAUCGCAGCGACUAUGCUCGGCCAAGGCAAGAAUAUCUGGCAAGGUGAAGUCGACGCUGCUGCUGAGUUGGCUGAUUUCUUCAGACUCAACUGCAACUACGCAGCCGAGAUCAUGGAGAGACAACAUGACCGUGGUAGUGAUGGAAUGUGGACCAGGCUAGACUACCGACCUCUUGAAGGUUUCGUUUAUGCUAUCUCGCCAUUCAACUUCACAGCUAUUGGUGGUAAUCUGAUUUCUGGGCCAGCCUUGAUGGGAAAUGUGGUCCUUUGGAAGCCUUCGGCAUCAAACAUCUAUGCUAGCACUAUCGUGUACAAGAUUCUGCUCGAAGCUGGUUUACCGCCGGAUGUGAUUCAGUUCAUUCCUGGUGAUGCGGAAGAAAUAACCUCAACCGUCCUGGCACAUCGCGAAUUCUCCGGUCUGAACUUCGUUGGUUCUUCCGACGUCUUCCGCUCAUUAUAUGCCAAGAUUGGAGAGGGCAUUGGCAACAAGACCUACCGUGAUUUCCCCCGUGUUGUCGGAGAGACUAGUGGCAAGAAUUUCACGUUGAUCCACCCUUCGGCCGACAUUGAGAGUGCUGUCUACCACACUAUCCGCGGCUCCUUCGAGUACCAAGGUCAAAAAUGUUCCGCCACUUCUCGCCUCUACCUUCCCGAGUCGCGGUCAAAGGAGUUCCUCGAUGGCCUCCAAGCUAGAAUCAAGGAGAUCACAAUUGGAAACCCUGACAAGGACCUUUCUGCCUUCAUGGGUCCUGUUAUCCAUCAACGAUCAUUCGAAAAGAUCAAGGGAAUCAUCGAUGCUAGCAACAACGACCCUUCUCUUAAGCUGUUGGCAGGUGGCAAGUACGACGAUUCGGAAGGUUUCUAUGUCGAGCCCACCGUCUACCUGGCAGAAUCACCAACACACAGACUGUUUGACGAGGAGAUCUUUGGGCCCGUUCUAGCCAUCCAUGUGUACCCUGACAACCAAUGGACAUCCACUCUCGACCAGGUAGAUAAGAGUGGUGGUGGCUUUGCGCUGACGGGCGCCGUCUUUGCCAACGACCGUGGCGCUCUUCGGGAGGCCGAGGACACUCUGAGGUAUUCAGCCGGUAACCUUUACCUAAACUGCAAAACUACUGCAGCACUUAUCGGACAGCAAUCUUUUGGUGGCAGCCGAGCUAGUGGUACUAACGACAAAGCAGGUAGCUCCAAUGUUAUGCUACGCUUCACUAGUCCCAGGUUAAUCAAGGAAGAGUUCUUCGGACAGUCUGGAUUUCAGUACCCCAGCAAUUAUUAGCAUGUCAUGCAUAGUAUAGUUUGUAGCAAUACCAAUUGUGCUACGGUCAGUUGAACUUGGCACAAGGUUAUAUUGGCAGUCAAAACAAGUCAAUUCCAAU